GGAAAUCCAUUUUUCAUUAUUGCACACAACCAGUCAUACGCUAUUUGUACACACCCAUACACAUCUACAUUGAAAGGAAAGGACAUGAACAUUGUUACAAAUUGUGCACCAUAUUGUGUAUAAACAUUGUACGCUCGUAUAUAUAUCAGCACAUAAAACUUAGAUAGAUAGCCUUGAAAACUGUUAAAAUGAUAAUCUGUAUAAUUUCAUUUAUGUAAUCGGACUAUCGUGUUUUAAUUUCACUCUACAAAAACAAAAAAUGAUGUUCUCAAUAAAACAAAUCCAAACAAAAUAUAUUUAUGUCCUUCUGUUUAUAUUGUUUGUCAAUGUCAACAAUGGAUCAACUCAACUCAGUCAACAUUUUCAAUUUCUAGCGCAAAAUGAUGAUCUGUAUGACAAAACGUAUGAUUAUUCUAAGGGUUUCACCGAUAAUCAUUUCACAUAUGAAUUGCAAUAUCCAAUACCAAUUUAUGAAAUAUUAAUUCAAAAGAUUACUAUUUACAAAAAUGGUCUCGUAGCAUUGGAUAGUAUUUCUGAGGCUAACUUACCAUCAAACUACCCCACGAAUACAAGCAUUACCAAAAAACGUUUACAGGAUUUUGACGGUCGAUAUUUGAGCAUCUUCAGUUCGGUAAAUAACGGGAAUAGCGGGAAAAUCCAUGUUAGAGAAAUCGACUUACUGUCUACAAUGAAACUGUCAUGUGCUGAAAGAUUACAAAUUGACCGACUAACGAAAUUUAUUCAUCUGUCGUACGCUGAAGAAACUGAACUCAAAGCUCAAUAUAUCAUACACAUACUAUGGGAGAAUAUGACAAACCUACACUUAACUGAACAAAAGAGUAAUACCUAUGGAAUGAUAAUUGUUUCUAAUGGUGUACAUUCCUACGCAUUUAUGCAAUAUAUUAACAUUGAAUGGAAUGAAAAUGACGUCAUUGAGGAUUUAGCUUUACCUCCAGAAUCGGGUAUAUUCAUGAGACCUUUGGGUGGUUAUCAAUUGCCGAGAAGUUCACAAGCUGUAGAACCAAGUAUCUGGUCGAAUGAAACAAACGUAGCUCUACAUGGUGAAUGGCUUGUUCCUUUGUACAAAUCAGAGAGUAUCGCAAAAACAAAUGUGUGGAAGUUAAAUGAAGCUGCCAAUGAAAUGAUUAUCUCAGUAAAUAGAGAAUGCAAUAAUUCACAGCUUCCAGUAGAUUUAAGUAAUCAUACAAAUUCUGAAACCAUUCUUAUAAAGAAUUUCGAUUUCGAAAAUAAUACGGAAGAGAUGUUCAGUAGAACACCUAGCUUUAGAAGAGGUCCAAGAGAUUUCGGAGGUUAUUAUUCAAACAUGUCAACCGAUGAGCAUUCCUAUGAAAUAUCUCCAGAUUCACCGAAAGCUACAUGGAGUAUACUUCAAGAGGAGAGUGAAUCAUCCGGCGUUGAUCCAGUUUCUGACAUGGAAAUGAAUUUUUAUACAGAAAAUCAGACUGAAAGCAGUAUCUAUAAUGAAAGCGAUCAGUAUGUAUCUACGAAUGACGAUUAUAUGCCACCAGAAACUAUCACAACGCAGACAUACCAUGCCCUAGGCAAAUAUGACGGAGAUGAACAAAGACGAGAAGUAGACGAACCUGCCAUCGUACCAGUAACAAUUCAUCCUUUAACAGAUGAUGAAGAUGAGGAUGACAACAAUAAUGCAGUUGAAUAUCGACAUCGAGAGGAAAUCAGCUCAAGUGAUUCAGUCAAAUGUGAUGCUGUAACUGAGUGUAGUAGUCACAACACAGAAUGCUAUCGAGUUAAUAACUCCGCAUGCUGUCUCUGUAGUGAUGGAUUUUUCGGUGCUGGCAACUCUAAAUGCUGGUCCGAAGUUAAUGACCACAAAUUCUCGUUUUCUGGCUCAUUAUCAGCACGUUUCGGUAGCGAAAAUAAUGCUUCACCAUUACUUGUUUAUUUGGACAGUCAACAUGGUUCUCUGAAACGUAGCUCUAGUGGAAUUCGUGGAGGUCGUAAUGACGAUCGGGUGUAUGCAACUCUACGUCUAAUAACACCAGUGUUCCAUAUUUUGAAUUCAAUGAUUUCUAGUCCUUGCGAUAAUAGUCAGAAAAGUGAACGCGUCUAUAACCUUUUUACAUUAGGAGACGGAUUACAGCGCCCUUUCAAAAUAAUAUUCCAGUUUGAUAUUGAUGCAGUCGGCAACUUCACUGUUCAAGCAGCGGUGGAUCUGCGUGAUUUCUCGACUAAUUCAUACGCAAGUGGUGCAUUGGAUUUGGAGGCGUUUAGUGCGCAGGGAAUAAAUCUACUAGAUCGGUCUUACAUAGAAGCUUACAGCGCUUCAGAUAAACCAGAUAAAACCUAUUACACAGAUUACAGAAUUGAUGAGGGUGGACGCAUUGUAUUCUCAGAACAAACUGUAAAAUUUGUCGCUGAAAGCCGUGAUUCAUCUGAUGGGAGCAGUUUCCCAGAAGAAAUCAAUGUACGGUGGUCUGCAGUUGCUGAAUCUGAAAGUUGUCUACUGAAACCUCUAAGUCCUGUGCCUAAAAACAAGUGGUACUAUAUACGCCUCAAAGACCGUGGUUAUUGUAGUGAAGAUUGUUCUGCAUCAGAUGGAACAUGUAAUCUGUUUUGUGUAGAUGAACCAGUACUGAUGGCCACAGAACCAUCCCCUUGUGACUGUGUAACAUGUGAUCGUCAAGGUGAAGUAUGUCUCCCAGAAGGUACAUCAUAUAGAUGUGAAUGUGGUCAGGGUUUGAGACUGAUGCCUGAUAACACGUGCCAAGCGACUUCAGUGGGAGACGUUCACGAUUAUCUUGGUGUACAAUGUGGUGCAGUCAACUGUCAUAGUCAGGCUCGUUGUAUUGAUCCAAAUCAAGCAUUCUGUCAAUGUUUACCUGGUUACCGAGGUGAUGGUGUUAGCCACUGUGAAAGUGAUCCAUGUUCCAAAUGUCGUCGUAAUGAAAUCUGUGAAAGUGGUGUUUGUAUACCCAGCGGCGUGGAUCUGUGUGAAGGUGUUCAGUGCGGAGAACAAGCAUUCUGUCAAGAUGGUGCAUGCGUUUGUACACCAGGCUACACAGGGGAUCCGGUUAUAAAGUGCUAUGAAGAGAGAGAUCCCUGUACGGGCGUCAAAUGCCAUGAUUACGGGGAGUGCAUAAGUGGAAGAUGUUACUGCAUGAAAGGAUUCGAAGGCGAUGGAUAUUAUGACUGUACACAAACAGUUAAUGAACUGUGCGCAGGUGUUCAGUGUCAUCGUUUUGGACAGUGCUAUGAAAAUCGAUGCUAUUGCAGUCAUGGUUAUGUUGGUGAUGGGGUGAACUUUUGUGAUGCUCGCACAGAAGAUCCAUGCGAAGGAAUCCGUUGCGCUGACAAUGGACGCUGCCAGGAUGGUCAGUGUGUAUGCAAUCCUGGUUUCGAAGGGGAUGGCUACAACGAAUGCAGGACAACGGAAGUGGAUUUAUGUGCGAAUAUUCGUUGUCAUCAGUAUGCUAGAUGCGAUCGUGGACAGUGUCGUUGUAUGGAUGGUUAUGAGGGAGAUGGAUACUCAGAAUGUCGACAAGCUACAGAAGAUAAGUGCUCCCAAAUGAGAUGUCAUCCAGAUGCUCAGUGUACUGAUGGUUACUGUUUCUGUCCUUCUGGGUAUGAAGGAGACGGAUAUUACGAAUGUAGAAGAAAAACUGAAGAUCCAUGUGUCAAUGUCCAGUGUCAUGAAAAUGCUAGAUGUGAGAAUGGUUACUGUCACUGUAAUGAAGGUUACGAGGGUGAUGGAUACAGAGAGUGUAGACGUAAAACUAAUGCUCCAGAAGAAUGUCGUGAAGAACAAUGCCACCAGUUUGCUAGAUGCUUCGAAGGCCGAUGUCGUUGUCUGGAUGGAUAUGAAGGAGAUGGUUACCAAGUGUGCAAUGUAAUACCUGGAGCAUCCCCAAGCUGUGGAACAUGUAACGGAGUACCUUUCAAAGAAAUUGCUCAGUGUGUAGCUGGACAGUGUGUUUGUGCACGUGGAUUUAUUAAAGUGAACGAAGGCGUAUGCAUGGAAUGCAUUCAAGAUAACUGUCAUCGUGAUGCUCUCUGUCGACCAAAUGAUCAAUUUAAUGGUGCAUAUUCAUGCCACUGUAAACCUGGUUUCACUGGAGACGGAGUAUCUGUGUGCAAACCCGAAAGUGGAGAUAGAACAGAAAGUUAUCCACCUCCUUCAGUCGACUCAACAUGUGGUGGAGGCUGUAGAAUAAGGAAUGCUGAAUGUGAUCGAUAUACAGGAAUGUGUAAAUGUCGAUCUGGUUAUGAUGGUGACGGAGAAAGAAGUUGCUACUGGAACUGUAAACUGUGCUUACCUAAUGCAAUAUGUGAUCGUGAAAAUGAAAGGUGUAUUUGUCCGUCUGGUUAUCGCGGAGAUGGACAGUCAUUUUGCGAACAGAUUCCAGUUCGCGAAGAUUCUAUAAAAGUGAGAAUUAUCGGCGAAGGAGAAGUAAUGCAUAUAACAGAUGUAUCUCACCCGCUUGAAUUAAGAUGUUACGUAACUGGUAGUGAUCAAUCAUAUUCUGGCCAGUGGAUACAACCACACUCUGCUCAAGAGCCAACAGUAACCAGAUCUAGGCAAAUAAAUGGCUAUGAACUCCUACUACGUAUAGACCAACCUGCAUUAACUGAUAGUGGAAGAUAUGAAUGUCGUGCUGGUAAUGUUCGUGCAUUUAUUGACGUAAAUAUAGAGGAAUCAGCAAUUCCAUUCAACGUACUACUUACUAGUGAUGAUGGCAUUUUAAUGACGCAGUCUACUGAUUCUAAUGUAACAAAAGCCACAUUAUGGAAUAUUGCUGAAAAUAAUAAAUACGGACCUGUUUCUAUGGUAGCUGAUUGUAACAGCCAACGAAUUAUUUAUACAUCUGAUUAUGGUCAUGCCAUUCGAUGGGGCAACGCGAAUUCUGGCCAGCAACAAUUAACCAUAAAAGAAAUAUAUAAUUCACAAUUUAGUCGAUUCCGUAAUUUAGCCGUAGAUCCACUUUCAGGAAAUGUAUUUGCCUGGGAUGAAGCAAAUGGAAAAAUUGUUGUUUUCAAUCCAACCAAACCAAAUAUUGGCUUUACGCUUGAAAAUUUACAUAGUUUAACAUCCUCAGUGCCUCAGAAUUUCGCAGGACUAGCUAUACAUCCUACGCUAGGUAUCAGCCGACUUCACUUUUAGUAACUGAUAGAAUACAAAAUAUUUCUCUUCGGAGCUGUAUCUUACGUCAUUCAUUCAAUAGACCUCUUUAGUGUUAUAAAAUAUCUUUUACUGGUCACAACACCACACUUCAAAUCGCGCUACCAAGCACAAGUUAGAUAUCAUUCAUCCUAUAUGGCUAAUCAAUAAAAGUUGGAACUCAUGAACAGCUCGAUUCCAAUCGAUUAGUUGAGUGGUAAAGCAAGUUCCCAUAACCUUAAUCAUCAUUUGAAUGCUCAUUGGGAUUAUGGAUUUGCAAAACUGUUCAGUAUUUCAUGUUUAUCGGUGGUUUUUCAACUAUCGUCAGUAAUGAAAACGGCAUUCAUGAUCUUGUAUUUCUAUUUAUGAACAAGGAAUUUGAUUGGAUAUCAUUUUUUGUUUUUAGAUCUUUAAUAAUCUUAAUGUAUCUUUAAAUUUUAAUAUGAAUAGAAAAUAUGUAAAAAUAUUUAUAAGUCUUAAUAAUGACUACUGAAGACAAGAGAGGUAAUUACUUUGCUUGCAUAAUAUUCCUCAUUUGCCAGACAAACUAUAUGGACAUUAUUGAUAAAAGUAUAAAACUUGGGCACUAUGGUAGAGUUUGUGCUUGAAACGUCGACAGUUGAUAUUACUGUAUAACACUGUGAGAUUUAUCAAAAUAAAAUCUUAUUUAUAAUGGGUAUAUGGACAUUAGCUGUAGUGUAUCAAAAUGUUGGGAGUGUUUUAGCUGAUUACAUUAUACACUUUGAUGAUUUACAGUAUCUGACAUUUCCCACCACUGUAGUAAUUAUCUUGCGAUAUAAUCUAAAGUUCGACUAUGUUGGGAAAUGGUUAAGAGUUUACUACAUCUAACCACACAUUGCAACAUACAAUGAACACCAUUUCUUAAUUCUAGUUAUACC